ACAUUUCUCACGUAUUCCCCAAUGUCUAAACUUACCCCUUAACAUGACACCGCUUACCUUUAACGUUGAAAUAUUUCCAGACAUCCUGAAAUAUAAUUAUGUUAAUUAGUUUAAGUCCAUAGUUAACAGUCUAAAAAAGUGUCAGCUGUGCACUCAUCAUAGCAUUACGUCAUUAUCAUUACUAGACCUAUGAUUAGCGGUAAGGGGAUCAUACCUGUGCAGUGAGACUCAGUGGAUAAACUCUCUCUCUCUCUCUCUCUCUCUCUCCCUGUCUCUCCUCCCUCUAUCGUCGUAGCAGCGUCUCCCCUCGCUCACUUGUCACUUGUCCCUCGCGCACAGGACCAGUUCACUCACUCACACAAACCGUACUGCGGUCCGGUGUCAGAGCCUCAGAGGCAACACCACUGAUCUGCGUGCGGGACGCCGUUAAGAGCAGAUGGAGACACUUCAAACGGCCAUCUCGAUCAGAGAGGACACCGGACCGUUAAAAAAGCCACUGGCCGACACUAAAGAGCACUGCAAAAGAGACGAUCACGGCGAAACAAAUUAUGUAGACCUGGGCAACCCAUCGGACAUGAAGUCAGACAGCACAAAGACAGUAAAAGUCACUUUCACAGGCGAAGGGAACCAGCUGGCAAUAUUCAAAUGUAAAGGCGACGCUUCUAUCUCCGGGAUAAAGAGUCCUGGAGAGCGAGAGGAGACUGGAAAUGCCGAUAAAAGUUCAUCGAAAGCAUGCCACGCGGAUAAGUGCCAUUCUGAGGGACUUUAUGGAGAGCGCUCUCCGCUGAUAGAUGAUUAUGUGGAAGCGGGAACGGGAACGGAUGUAAUAUCCGAAGAUCAAACGUCUGAGUCGUAUGAAACGGAGGAGUUACAAUACACCGACAUGUACUUGAACAGUCGCUGCGAGUCAAAGGGCAGCACGAGCGUAGCGGACGUAGAGCCACACUAUAUCACGACGCACGAGAUUCAGUUGACGGAGUUAGAUCACGAUGUGGAUUACGAGUUUGGUCGCGGAUCCUGCUGGGAUUUCGAGGAUGAUAAUCUGGUGUAUUCAUUUGUUGACUACGCAUCAUUUGACAGCGACGAGACGACUCUCGGAAGAAUCCAAAGCAAGUCCAAGAGCAAUAAAAUUCCUCCCACUUCACGCGCAGCGAAGCUUACCGCCACAGGUGCUGUGGUCAGCACCGAGAGUGAACUUUGUGAAUCCGAUAAAUGUGCCAGCUCGGAUGAAGGCGCAGGACAACAUGGAAAUUCGGCCGGACAUUUUCACGUGUCAAUCAAAACGUCUUCGCGCGCGGUCAACGAGCCUGCCGGUGUUUUGGGACAGAGGAAUGUCCGCUUUCACACCAGACGUGCAGGUGAGCGGAGUCACUAUUCGUUCAAAAGCUCCGACUCCAAAAGCGAGACCAUGUUUGACCGCUACUUUAUCCCUCCUCCGGGUCGCCAACACCUCGCGAGCAAACUGAGGGGAAAAGACAUCAACGAAUAUUCCAGUGGCGCGUCCAGUUCCGUCAGCGAGCUGGAUGAUGCUGAUAAAGAGGUGCGUAACCUCACCGCGCGCUCCUUCCGCAGUUUGGCUUGUCCUUACUUUGAUGCCAUAAAUUUGAGCAGCUCGAGUGAGUCCUCUAUGUCAGAACACGGACUGAGUAUUAACAAAUGGUCCGCUUUCGUCGACUUAAAUUACGGCAAUUUGACACAUGAGGCGCAAAACAGCUCUACGCCUAUUAUGGAGGGAAAUAAAAGCACCGAGUGUACAAACCUAAAAGACGUGGUUCAAACCGACACACCUUGCCCUCAAGCUAAAAUAGUGUCGCUGAAAAAUAACUUGAACUCGCAGAAGGCGUCUAAGAAAAUAGAGUUACGAAGCAAGCCGGGUGAAACCAUCACACUUACAGAAACCUUGAACUUCAACUGUAACGUCGGUGCCGGGAUACCUGCGCGCGAGAGGCGCGCGAAACGCGCUCUGAAUGCCAUCAUGUCACGUUCUACAGCUGAUGUUACGGGCACCACGCCAGCCAAUGCAGAAUGUGAAACAGAAAGUCCGUUCGGUGAAACCUUGGAAGAUGCCCACAAGAAAGCCAUCUUUGCUUCUAGUCUUUUGAAAAAUGUAAUUUCCAAGAAAAUGCAGUUUGAGCAAGAGCGUAAAAUGGAAAGAGGUGAAAUAAGUGAUACAUAUCCUGUUCCAUCAGUCUCCCCUCAUGCUAAGGAUUGCAAAGAGACUGUGAAGGGAAUACAAAGGCAGACUUCAGAAACCGACUCAGGACACUCUCAAGAGGAACUCUGUGAUGCAACAGACCAGCCUCAAGAGAAUCCAUGUUCCCGUGCUGCUGAAAUCCCUGAGUCGCCCUGUGACCCAGAAACGACCUCUAAAUUAGACCUAAGCGAACCACUGAAGACUCCUUUGACCCCCAGCCAAAAGAGUGCUUUCAAAACCUGGAAAGAUGGAGAGCAGGAAGCACAAGGUGAUGGAGAACCUCAGUGCGCACUGGAGGAGUCGUCGCCACUGCCAGACACCUCAAUUAGACCUGUGACGGAAAGCAGUGAAAGUGUUGAGGGCGAGAGUAGUAAGAUGAUUAAGAUGUCUCACUUGUAUGUCCCUAGCUCGCAGCUUAUGCCUAAGGAAAAGGAAGCUGCCGGGCUUUCAUUACAUAAUAAGAAAGUGACUGGAGAUCUUGCAGAGACAGAUGGGGGAGGGUGUGGAAAAGUGAGCUCUGGCCAGCUCCAUAGUCCUGCGGACACAGACCAAUCCACAAAGUGUCAAAAAGCCCCCGAAAUCAAAAUACACCUGCGAAGUGUUAAAGAAAACAAAACCAAUCAGUUCAAUAUCACCAAUCUUUUUACGCCUAAUAUCCAUCACAACCUCAAUGCUAAAAAGGCGACGAGCGAAUCUAAAAGCAAUUUGUCGACCAUAUCAGACAAAGUACCGCAUUUUAUGGUGAGGGAUAUUAGAGAUAGUAAAUGUAAGUUCCAGACACCUAUUCAUCAGGUUAGAGACGUGCGCAAAUUGGUAAAAAGCUCAUAUCGGUUUGUAGCACUAGAAAAUGCUUGUGGUUCAUCAGGGACGGCAUCCACAACGUUACGAGAGGAGAGCAAGCCUGUUAAUAGGGGACCUGACAAGAAACCAUUUCCUACACCAAUGGUAAUAAAAUGCCAGUCUGUGAACAGAAACAAUGCCACAAAACCUUCCAAGCCUGCUAAAGUGGGUGAGAGUGUGGGUGAAACGGUGAGAUUAUCCCCAAAUCUCUCAGAGUGGGCUGCUAAAAAUGAAACACUGCGCACCGCACCCGGAUUGCCAUGCGCUAAGCAACCUGUGACUGAACAGCCAGAGUUUAGCUUAAAAAUUGAUGCUAAAGCGGCAAAACAAAAACUAGAAAAAGCAGCAGAAGGCAACGAGAAGAAACCCGAGUCAAAGGCUUCAAAUCAAAUAGCUCUUGAAAAGUUAAAGGCAGCUGUGAAAACUAUGGAGCAACUGUACGUUUUUGAUAGGAACGAAUGGAAGCGUAAAACGCAAGCCCCGCGACCAAUCACGGACAGUCACGUGCUGUCGCUCAUCACGAGAGAGGAGCAAGGAGUCACAAACAAAACGGACUUUGAGAACGAACAUGGGAAAGUGGACACAAGCUUGCAGCUGCAUGCUGAAAAGUCAUCCGUGACCUCGAGUUCUGGUGUUGACGAGGACAAAGUGUGUAUACCAACAGGUUCUCACGACCAGGAAGACACAGCUAAGUUAGUAACCCAAAGGGCAGAUUCUUUCAAUGACAAGUGCAUUUUUAGUCUGGGCAGUAACCUCAAAGCACCUACACGUAUAAAUACACCAAAUGACAGCACUCAGAAAAUGUUUUCCAGCAGGAAAUACACCCUUAAAUCUCCUAAAGCUCCUUUGUCAAUGAAAAUCUGUCCUUCUAAAUCGAUAAGUGAGGAAAAGCACCAGAUAGAGCAGGCAGACUCUGACAAUUACCUAACAAUCCCCAUUAAAGCUCACACUUCAGAUUCAAAACCCUCACAGGCAUUGGGCUCACAUUCAAAGUCUUCCUAUCAGCCCUUGCAACGCUCACCUAUCAUAAUGGAGUCUUGGUCUCCUGACAGUCAGACGGCCACGAUAUAUCACCACGCCGUGCCCCUGCAGGCUGUACCUGCCGCUCAACCUCAGCUUCUCUGCCUCACACCGCCAACGGACCUCCCACCGCAUCACAUCCAGCGCAAGCUCCUGCUGGACCCCGCCACCGGCCAGUACUACUUAGUAGACACCCCUGUGCCCAUGCAGCCAGCCGCCCAGCGCUUUUACCAUCCCGAGACUGGUCAGUACUUGGACAUUCCUUUAUCACUCACCCCAGUGCCUGUGUCCGUCUCGCCAGUCACCCUUGGUCCUGCAGCAGGCUAUCCCCCCACCUACUUGGUCUACCCCUCGAACCUGCCGCCACCCCAUCCACACCCGGUCCCCCAGUCCCAGUCAUCCACUUGCUCGGAAGGCGAGGAUGUGAUGGAGACGGGCAACAUGUAUCUGAUCCCGCAGGGCACCACAGUUCCCAGCAGCACCAUCAAACCUGUCAUCAGUAUUACAUCACAGCAAGGUGCCCGUAUUGUUGCUCCACCCUCUUUUGAUGGCACAACCAUGAGCUUUGUGGUGGAGCAUCGAUAACAGAAGGAUGGUCUGUGUCUGUCUGUCGGAGUGUGUCAAAAAAAUUCCUCAGACAUGUUUCACAGUUUCCCCACAUCUGUCUUCAUCGAUUCCUACCCGGUGUUGCCUCCUGAUCUGUGACUUUUGCAAUGUUCAGCAGCUAAAGAUGAAACAUUUUAAAGCAGUUUUACAAACUUGUGUAACAUUUGCUAUCUAUGUAGUCUGUAGACUUUUUGAGGCAACUAUUGUUUUGCCCAUCCAGCACAGCAUAACUAGGAGAAAAUGUUGUUCGUUCACUUUUCAUUUUGUUGUAUAAAGUGUUUGUAUUUUUACAUUUUUAUGGACUCCUUUUUAUCUAAACCUGUAGUCCAAGUUGUGAUUGAGUAAAGCAUGGCUUGUGUGAAAGAGAGAGAAACAGAGAUAGAGAAAGAGUGACAUUUUGUGUGUGGUGUUCAUGUUGUGUGUGUGAAAGAGAGACAGAGUAAGACAGAGUCUGCUUUCUCUCACUGUGAUGAGAAUUAUGGUUAUAGAGAUGGAUCACUGGUGAGGAUUGUAUAGUGUCAGUGUAUAAUAAUAAUCAUGAUGAUAAUUGAACUGAAAACACUUGUACAUUUAAAAAAUUGUCUCAAGCCUUAUGUUGCCAAUUACCUCAGUUUGCAGUGCAGGCAUGUUGCUAUCUCAUUUUGCCUCCACAGUAUUUUGCUUUUGUUGUGUUUUCCAUCAUCUGUCCUCCCUGUUCAUUUCCUUUUUUGUCGUCUUUUUUGUUACAUUUAUCACAUAUUAAAGGUAUAUGGAUCUGCAGGCAAAUCUAUGUACCAAUUUUAGAAGGAAUGCAUUGUCAUUUUUGUCAGUGUUAAAUAUGCUUAUUAUGUGAUAUUCAAAUUAAUUCCGUAAUGUUGAUGACACUUGGCUAAACUUUCAUAGUAAUAAUAAUCAAAAAAAUAACCAAUACAUGUUGUUCCAUCAUGAGAGUUGCUACCACUUAAAAACAUGACCCAGUAGAGGAAAAACAAAUUAAACAUAAUUUAUAAUAUUAUAUGGUAUUAGAAGCACAUUCUAUUAUUAAAUCAGAACAUAAAUUAGGAUGCUACAACCUGCUUAAUUGCAAUAAAUUAUAACAUUAAUUUUAAUACUCAUUAUGGUACUUUCUUAUGAUAUAUAAAUACAGUAUGUUAUGCUGAAGAGUAUUUUGGAAGAGGUUUUUUUUUCUGAAUAAUGUGAAAGAACAAAAGUUUAAUAAAUUUCAUACACUAAUAAAAAAUAAAAAAAUCCACCAAUACAUAUUGUUCUAUAACAAAAGUUGCUACCUC